CCGUGUGUACGUGCGUGCUUGCGCGAGAAGACAGAAGGCCGGACAUGAGCGCACAUUGAGAGAGCGGCUCUUUUUACUCGACGUGAUCAUUUCACGCUUCCCCCGAAGCCUCUUUUCCACCUAAAACGUUUAGUCGCAGCUGAGUGAACACUUGCAGGAGUGCAACAGGGAGCGGAAGGGUCGAAUUAUUUCAACCUACAACUCACCCAAAAGUACUGUAGGGCGAAAAGGAGAGAAAAAAGAGAAGGGAGCAAGUGAGAGAGAGGGAGCAAGAGAGAGAGAGAGAGAGGGUGAGAGUGUGAGAGAGAGAGAGAGAGGGAAAGAGAGAGACAGUGGAAGAAAAAGUUUUUCUCUCCCCCUCCCCCGCCUCCGUCCCUCUACCUUUCUCUCCACCACCUCCCCCUUUCCUACCCGGGAAGCAUGGAACAAGAGCCCAAGAGUGCGGCGCUGCGGCUGGGGAGAGCAGGACAUGGUGGGGUGAAUCAGCUCGGGGGCGUGUUCGUAAACGGCAGGCCACUCCCAGACGUGGUAAGACAGCGAAUCGUAGAGCUCGCACACCAGGGGGUUCGGCCUUGUGACAUCUCCCGACAGCUCAGAGUCAGCCAUGGAUGUGUCAGCAAGAUACUGGGAAGGUACUACGAGACGGGCAGCAUCCGCCCCGGCGUGAUCGGGGGAUCCAAACCAAAGGUCGCUACACCCAAAGUGGUCGACAAGAUCGCAGACUACAAACGCCAAAACCCCACCAUGUUUGCCUGGGAGAUCCGAGACCGGCUGCUGGCCGAGAGAGUGUGUGACAACGACAGUGUGCCCAGCGUCAGCUCCAUUAACAGGAUCAUUCGGACUAAGGUCCAGCAGCCUCCUGGACAGCCGGGCUCAGUGUCAGCACAUACCUUAGGAACGUCUGUAGCGGCCACACAGGUCUCCGCGGUAACCAGCGACUCGGCUGGCUCCUCCUACUCCAUCAGCGGUAUUCUGGGUAUCAGCUCGGCUGCCGAUGGCGGCAAGAGGAAAAGAGAUGACGGGAUGCAGGACUCGCCGCUGGCCAAUGGGCACGGUCACAGUGGGCGGGACUUCCUCCGGAAGCAAAUGAGAGGGGAGCUGUUCUCGCCGCAGCAGAUCGAGACGUCCGACUACUCGACGAUGGCAUCACUGGCCGGUGGAUUGGAUGAGAUGAAGAACAGUUUGGCCAAUCCAGGAUCGGGGGUGGAGUUAGGGGCUAGUGUUCCAGGCCCACAGUCCUAUCCGCUGGUUCCAGGUCGUGACCUUGCCAGCACCACCCUACCAGGAUACCCGCCCCAUGUCCCACCGACUGGACAGGGCAGCUACUCCACCCCCUCCCUCACUGGCAUGGUUCCUGGAGGAGAUUUCUCGGGAAGCCCAUACACCCAUCCGCAGUAUUCCACUUACAAUGAAUCGUGGAGAUUUCCUAACCCCAGUUUGUUAGUGUUCCAGCAGGACUACAGCUCUCUGCUGGGGACGGAGAUCGGCUGCUCCUCCAGCCUCUUCUCCAGCCAGGCCAGCCAGAUGCAAGGGUCACCAUACUACUACAGUACAUCAAGGGGGGCGGGGCCUGGCGCCACGGCAACAGCCUCGGCCUAUGACCGUCAUUGACGAGUUGUAUCGAGAGGUUUGGAGGAGGCGAGAGUUUAAGAAGAGGGAGGGAUAGCACCAGCACCAUCCAAUCAUAGCCAACGUCAGUGAAGUUUGGAUUUUCUUUGAUUGACUCUAAACCCAACCAAUGCCCUGCUGGGCUGCAGCACAGCGCUAGAGAAUCCUGCCCACAUCAUGUUAACAGGCCUGAUGGACUGACCCUAACCUGCCAUAAAGAUCUUCAUAAGAUUUCAAUGAACACGCACAAACACACAAAAA